GGUUCUCUAACGUGCGGGCACGUGAAGGCACCACGGCCCCGGGUUCUCCUCCUACGUCAGCGGCUCCGGGGCGGUUCACGCACGGGGCAGUGAGGGGUGGGAGGGCCCGUCACCUGACUCCAGCGGGCUGGAGCACAUCGGUGGGUGUAGCUCGGCGGCGCGAGCCCUCUGGUGCGAUGCGUCUUCAUGACUCGCUUUGAGUCCGGAGCAGCUGCGGUUCACUGUGCCCACGGUCCCCAGAGCAGCGACACCAUCCAUCGGCUGAGCCGAGCAGCGGCAGCGGGGGACGGCGAGCUCCAGCCCCGCCACACACGUCAGUGACCAACCGUUGCACCCGGACCCGGAGGAGGGAGAGAGGGAGCCGCGUCGUUGAGCCAUGGGGUUCCGCAAGAAGAACAAGAGCCCGCCGGUGCUCAGCCACGAGUUUGUGAUCCAGAACCACGCAGACAUGGUUUCGUGUUUGGCGAUGAUCAUCCUCCUCGGCCUGAUGUUCGAGGUCACGGCGAAGUUUGCCAUCAUGUUCAUCACGGUCCAGUAUAACGUCACACAAGUUCUUGACGAGAAGAGUGAGCCGGUGAACCUUUACCAGUACGGCCCUAAAGACGUGGCCACGGUUUUCUUCUACCUGCUCAUCGCCGUCAUCCUUCAUGCCUUGAUACAAGAAUAUAUUCUGGACAAAAUGAACAGAAGGUUGCACCUGUCCAAGACCAAGCACAGCAAGUUCAACGAGUCGGGGCAACUGGCCGUCUUCUACCUGUUCUCCUUCGUGUGGGGCUGCAGCAUCCUGACGGCGGAGGAGUUCGCAAAGAACCCCACGUUCCUGUGGGAGGGUUACCCUCACACUCACAUGGUUUUUCAGGUCAAGUUCUUCUACAUUUGCCAAAUUGCCUAUUGGCUCCACGCACUUCCUGAGCUGUACUUUCAAAAAGUACGGAAGGAGGACAUUCCCCGACAGCUCUAUUACAUUUGCCUUUACGUCGUCCACAUCACCGGUGCCUACGUCUUAAACCUCCACCGACUGGGCCUGGUGCUGCUGGUCCCUCACUACCUGGUGGAGCUGCUGUUCCACGCCUCGCGCCUCUUCUACUUCAGCGACGAGAACAAGCAGAAAGGUUUUACUCUGUGGGCUCUCCUGUUCGUCAUCGCCCGCCUCCUCACCCUCACACUCUCCGUCCUGACGUUCGGCUUCGGGCUGCCCCGCACGGAGAACCAGGGCUUCUCCUUGGCACAAGGAAACUUCAAUGUGCUCACCAUCAGGAUGACGUGUCUGGCUGCCAUCUGCCUGACGCAGGCCUGGAUGAUGUGGAAAUUCAUUAACUUCCAGUUGAAGAAGUGGAGGGAGCACAGCCAGAACCAGGCGUCGAAGAAGAAGACGCCGGCGACGAGCACGACGGUCAGCCCGAAGAGCAAGCCCCACAAGCGGGAAGCAGGCAGGGGAGCGGCGGUCAACGGCGUGGUGAAGGCCGAGGACAAAACGUCGCCCCGGGCCAGAAAAGCCAAAGCUUCGUAAGAGACGGAAGAUUGUGGAGGAGAAACCCGAGCGAGGGAGUUCCGACGGUGCGACGCGACGACGUCUUUUCACGCCGCUUCAAAUGUCGUCGACUGCUCUCUCUUUAGAAACAAACAAAUGUUUAAGCGCACUUAAGAAACCUUACGUACCCGUGUCCCCCCCCCCCUUUGAAAAGAAAAAAAAAGAGUCCAGUGUUAGUGUCUGUCCGAAGUGUUCGUCUCCUCCGCUGGUGGGACGGUGGUUCUGAUGCUUUAACGGGAUCGAUUCAGCUCCUCAAAGUGUCCUUCUGUGGGAAAAACAAACGAUCGCUCGUCGGGUAUUUUUUUUCAGCCUGAGUUGCUCCUCAGUAAAUUUGACAAGUGAAUCUUUAACUUCAGGGCGACUUCAUCUCAAGUGUUCUUGCAACAGAUUAACUGUGCAGGGCGUGUGUGUUCUCAGCUACAGGCCACUGGUCCGCGUCCCAGAUUGAAAUCCCGCCUCUCUCUCUCCCUCUCUCUCCCUCUGCGAUGUUCUGCUGUCGUCAGGAAAAAAAGGUUUUCGAAAAAUCGUCCAGAGGAAGAUUUGCGCUUUAAAGCUGCAGAAAGAAAAAACACGAAGCUUCUUCUCGACUUCGUCCAUCAUUUACUGCCUUUGACAUCCAAUGUGCUCCUGGAUUGAGGCGCUUGGAUAUUUUUGCGUUUGCUCCCCCCCCCCCCCCCCCCCCCCCCCCUCCGUCCGGGGGUUUUCAGUGACUUGCCGAGAGGAAGCUGCACCGUAAAACCUGCGACGCCGUGAAAACACGCAGUUAAAUCUUCGUAACGGCACGAUCGCAAAAAACCUGAGCAAGAGGCUGCAUGUCUCGGUCAAUAUGUCAACGCAUGAGGGUUUAUGGCUCAAGAGGUUACGGCUUGAUCCUACCUGUCUCUGUCUCUGUCUCUGUCUCUCUCUCUCUCUCUCUCUCUCUCUCACACACACACACACACACACACACACACACACACACACACACACACACACACGCAUUCAGUGGCCUUUUUUUUUUCUACGACUGCUGCAAGAGGUUUUGCGUUAUUUUAUUUUUGUCAUAUUCCAACAGAUAGUUAUUUUAUAUGCUUUAAAAAAAAAGAAGCUAUAACCAGCGAACACAGUUUAGUUCGUCCAAACCAAUACAAUCUUUUCUUCAAGUGUCCUUAUAGCGUACGUCGGUGUUCGUAUCACUCGUUCUGCGUCCGUCGCUUCUGUUUUCGCCUUUCGCCUUCUCUCUCUCUCUCGCUCUCUCGGUCGGUCAGUCUGCGGACGCGCGUGUGUGUGUGUGUGUGUGUGUGUGUGUGUGUGUGUGUGUGUGUGUGCAGUAUUGUGUCGCGUACUCUUGUGUGUUAGCGAACUAACCAGGCCUGAAUGAUGAGGACAAUUUUUUUUUUUAUCUGAGGACAAUUUUUUUUUUUUAUCGCUCGUCUCGUCGUAACAAAAGAAAGCGAUUGAAUGAAAUGUGACAAUCUUUUCAUCACUUCCCGAUACAUCGUCUCUGUCCACUCCUCACACCGGUCGGGUCGUCUCACCCCCCCCCCGACAACGCUUCUCUCCUGAGUCAACGGGUUCUCGGUUUAACUAAAUGCUUCUGUGUCCCUACUCCACGGAUCCCCCCCCCGCCUGCGCGUGCGAGAGAGAUUUAGUGAUUUCUGGCGCGUCCCUCCUGCUCUCGCCUUUUCAAUGAUCCUGACGCUGCUGUCGGCAGGACGACGGGAGAGACACCGAUCCUACUCGCUCCUCAUUGGGCCUGUGGUGGUGGUGGUCGCACGGCGCCAUAGGAGGGAAGGAGGAGCGCGUUACCAGCCUGUUGAUAAAACUGUCUCAGAUGUUAAAGAGAAAAAGAAAAAGAACAAAAAAAAAGUUCAACCCAACACUGUACUGAAAUAAGUGUCAGAUUUUUAAGCUAUUUUUAUAGAGACGGGGGAAAUUCACUGUUGUUCAGUAAAAAAAAAAACACGUGUGAAUAUUUGUUUGGCAUCCAUAAUGAUAUAAAUUGUUUUUUUAAAUAUAUAUAUAUAUACAUAUAUAUAUAUAAGAAUGAAGCUUGCUGAACUGUUAACGUGGGUAAACAUUGUGGUAUGAGUGUAAAAAAAAUGCUACUUCAUGGCCUUAUUAGAGCAGAGUGAAGUCGGCUAACGACGCGCUGCAGCUUCAUCAUCAUCGUGACGCUCGUCCUCCUCACGCCCGCUUCAUCCGAUCCGGUGCAGAGCUGCAAUUCAUCAACUAAUCUGUCGACCGUUGUUUGGUCCAUAAAAUGUCAGAAAAUCUCAUUUUUUGCCAAACCCAAAAGGUUUUGACGUUUGGUUUUGUCCACACGCAAAAGCUGAAAUCAUAAAAACUACUUGAGCCGAUUUAAAAAAUGAUUCAUCAAAAAUAGUUGGCAAUUAAUUUCGCAGUCGAUUACUAAUCGAUUAAUCCAGUCCUGCUGGUGAUCACAGGCGUAACAGCCACAUUAACCCCCCGACAGACCAGAAUAUACUCAGUUUAUAUGUUUCAUAGAUAAAAUUCAAUUAUACAGUUUUAGAAAAUUGGAGAAAAGUUAAGGUCAGAGAUAUAUGCCUUAUAUAUAUUAAGCUGUUACACUGGUCUUGUGACGACAGGCCCGGUGUAGCAGCCCCCUGCCAGAUUAAGUCCAGAUUAUGUGUUUUUCAUAAAAAAAAAGUUAUCUCUGAGGUAUAAAAUAUACUGUAUUUAGUUUUAAGUAAUACAUGAAAUACAAUUACACAUUUAGAAAUUGGAGAAACAUCAGGGUUAGAGAUCAUUACCAUACCUGUAUUCCUAUAUUCUGGGUAAAGCCAGUGUAAUCUGGGAGGGGGGGAAUAUAUAUUUGGGGCUGUUCGCUCGGACACACAGCAGCCGAAAUAAUCCCACAGGAAUGCACUUUUCUUUUUGCAUAGUAUGCAUUUUGUCCGAGCAAUUUAACACCGCUCACUUUUCUGCAAUGGACUCUCAGUGACUAUGAAAUUGAAGUGGCUCAAUUUAAACUGUGGGAGACUUUUCUUUUUUUUUUUAAACACUGCGAUGAAUUAACCUCGAUGAGCAACAAUCACUAAUCACUUCACAAAAAGACUGAAUCAUGUUUCUCGUGUUCACUCCGUUCUGCCGCUCGUCUGUAGAUGUCGCGAUACGUUUCCUUUUCAGAUCUGUCGUCUUUGAACUGUUAUUAUAUUUAUGCAAACUCUCGUGAGCUCUGUUCAUUUUUUUCUUUGUCACUAAUUUUGUAUUAUUAUUAUCAUUUCAUUUUUGAAUAAAGCUUUUGAUCAUGACACAAACAA